UUAUUCCCGGUUAACUUUACGCAGUGGCGGAGUCCAAUGGAGGCUUUCGUCGCAACCCUAAGGAGACAAUCGAGUACGAUUUAGACUGAAAAUAUGAGCCGAAUGCGUUAGAUAGGGCUACAAACGGUAAAAUUUCCAGGCUGCCUGACCUGCGAUCUUCUCCGUUUUUUCAAGCUCAUUAAAUCGCCUGUACGCGGCGUCUGUUCGGCCUUGUUUAUACUGUGCAGGGCAGCUUGAAUCAGGGAAGCAGGCCCGGUCCUGUGCGAGUUUAACGACCGUUUUCAAGACUGGAGUGUGAUUUGUGCAGAUCGAUAAAGAUCUUUAUCUCACCAAGCAAGUAGCAUUACCAGCAACAGCCGAUGUUCGUGUACCACUAACAUUGUAUAGAUUUAGGAAUAUGACACAGAUGCAACAAUGACAUCCAGAUUUGGUAAAACCUACAGCCGCAAAGGAGGCGAGGGGACGUCCAAGUUUGAUGAGGUCCUGUCCACCAAGAGAGGCACCCUCAGCACCAAAUGGGGUGACACCAAAUACAAGGCCCGAGUGGGCUCCAAGCGCGCCGGCGUCCCCAAGAGCGACUCUGUCCUGGAGGUGUAUAAGAAGCCCCGUCCCUGCGGUGAUGCCUCGGAGGAUCCGUUCGGGUUCGACAGCGAUGAGGAAUCCAAGCCCGUGUCAUCUCGUGGGGGCAGCAAAGCAUCACCUGCGAAGCCAGCAUCAGCAGAGCCUCCGCAGGCAGAACGGCCGAGCGCCUCUCUGAGCACAGGGAGCAGGUCCAGCUUCCAGGGAAGGGACUCAUGGCUGACCAGUGACAGGAGCCAACCCACAGUGAUGGAGGACACGGCCCAGUUUUUCAACAGCAGCAGUUCUGCUCGAGGAAAGUCCCAGCAGAGUUCCUCUACAUCACUGGAGAACCAACACAGCUACUCGUGGUACCAAAACGCUUGUGAGAGCGACAGUAAGCCCCUAGCACAGAGUACCACCUUGAAGACUGGGUCCAAGGCGGAGUCCACCUAUGACUCCUGGGAUGCCAUCAUGGGCCUCCGUCCGCCCUCACCCAGCCUGGAACCUCGCAACCCUGCUCCCACGCUUUCCUGGGCAUCCACAGGUAUCGCUGCUGGACGCUUUGAGAAGAUUGAGACGCCCCCCUCACCUCCACCAUUCCAAAGUCCCUCUGAGAGUGAGGAGCUAGGAGGCGACUCAGAUUUCCUCGCAGAGAUGUCGGACUACUCCCAGGUGUCCAGCAGGAACUCGAACUGUCGAACAUACAGGAGGCCAAACAAACAGGGCUCUGGCAAAACGCCCGACUCCAGCAGCUUAGCAGGCACAGUUUUUGGCACAGACGCUCCCACAGCCGUCUCUGACAGCAGUAAUAAGGCAACAGGUGGUGGAAGGGGAAGAGGAAGGACGCGAGACUACACAGUCCUGCAUCCCUCCUCUGUGUCCAUGUGUAACGUCACCAUCCAAGACAAAGGGGUGGAGGAGUUCAGCAGCGAUGCAGCGCCCUCUAGUGGUGGCAGUAGCUCAGCCUCUGGCAACGCAGCCGAGCUGGAAGGAGGAUGGCAGUGGAAGAAAACGGAACAGCAGACCACAAGGUUUAGACAGACCCAAACCAAGUCCAAGAAGGACAGUAAGCUGGAUCUGUUCGGCUUCGAAGAUGCCGAUGUUCAUCAGGAGGAAAACAGCACCGACAGCACAGACGGACGCUCUACUUACAAAAUCAAAUACUUUGGCUUUGACGACAUGAGCGACAGCGACGGAGCCGACAGUGAAGACGACGGCUCCAAAACGAGGAGGAAGGCAGCGAGGACUCCUGUUGCCAAGGAAACCCCAGUGGUUAUCGUGGAAGACACAGAGUCCAAUGAUGUGCCAGAUCCCUUUGAGAGGCUGGAGAGUCGAGACGAAAGAAAACCCUCAGCCAAAGACAACAAGACGAAUUCUAAGAAGCAGGACAGCAGGAUCGGAGCAGACAUCCUGGACUUCACCGAGGAGGGCCUCAGGGUGGUGGCUGGGUUUCCCACGAGGCCGCCUCAAAGCAAAGCGGCCGAGAAGAAUCCAGACACCUUUCGAAGGAUCUUCAGUGCACAUAAGAAGUCUCCCACCAAAGCGGUGUAUAACGCCAGGCACUGGACGUUGGAGAGCGAGGAGGAGCCGCCUCCAACUUUUAUUUCUCGACCCCAGACAGCGCCUGCGUCGGCAUCUGCAUCCGUGGUCACAGGAGGAGCCAGCAAGGAGCCCACCAGCGCUCCGAAGGAUGACGGCGUGUUCAAGGCUCCUCCUCCUCCACCCAAGGUCACCAAGAGUGUCACCGUUCCCAGCGAUCCCUACCAGGACACGGUCACUGUACGCAAAUGCCACAAAGAGCACAAGGAGUUGUACACAGUUGUCCGACAAGUGAAGCAUUUCAAUGACGUGGUGGAGUUUGGAGAGAACCAGGAGUUUACGGACGAUUUUGAAUAUUUGGCUACUGGUCUGAAGACGGGACAGCCUCUCAACACGCGAUGCCUUAGUGUGAUCAGCCUGGCGACGCGCUGCGCCAUGCCCAGCUUCAGGAUGCACCUCAGGGCCAGAGGGAAGGUGGCUCAGGUCUUCAAGACACUCAACGAUGCACCACAGCAUCCGAACCUGGCUCUGUGCACGGCCUCGCUGAUGUACAUCCUGAGUAGAGACCGGCUCAAUAUGGAUCUGGACCGGUCCUGUCUGGACCUGAUGAUCAGGCUGCUGGAGCUGGACCAGGACCAGGGGGCCGGGGCGGUGAGCGACUCCCCUGCUCAGUUCAGUGCCAAGGAAAUUGCCAAGAUGAAGGGAAAGAUCCGGAAGCUUUGUGACACCGUGCACAACAAGCAUCUGGACCUGCAGAAUAUAACGACGGGUCAUUUAGCAAUGGAGACAUUGCUGUCACUUACUUCCAAACGAGCCGGGGACUGGUUCAAAGAGGAGCUUCGGCUGCUGGGAGGACUGGACCACAUAGUAGAUAAAGUGAAGGAGUGUGUUGACAACCUGAACCAGGAGGAGAAGGAGAAGCUGGUUUCUUCUCUGUGGGGGGCUGAGAGGUGUUUACGGGUCCUGGAGAGUGUCACGGUCCACAACCCAGAGAACCAGGGCUACUUGAUCGCCUACAAAGACUCAUCACUCAUCAUCUCCUCUGCAAAGGCCCUAAGGCGAUGUGAGGAGAUGGUCCAGUGUUAUUGCAGGGAGGGGAACUCGGACCGGGCUCUGGUGGGGAAAGCACUAGAGAACUGUAUGAAAGCCAUCAUCGGUGUCCUGCUCAACCUGACGCAUGACAACGAGUGGGGCAGCACCAAGACAGGAGAACAGGAAGAUCUAAUAGUGACAGCUCUCAACUGUGUCCUCAAAGUCCCUCAGUAUCUGCCACAGGAGCAGAGGUUCGACAUACGAGUACUGGGUCUGGGUCUGCUUAUCAACUUGGUGGAGUACAGCGCCAGGAACAGGUACUGUCUGAUGGAGAUGGAGACGGAGGGAGGUCAGGGUCCCUGCGAUUCCACCGUCCUGCUCAGUCCUCAACAUCAAGCGAUCACCAGCACCGGCCCAAUGAGCGCCAUCGCUGUUCUAGUACAGCUCUUCCUCCAGCGCGAACAUGCUGCCAUGCUGGCUGAGGCGCAGACUGAUGACCUCAUCAAAGAAGCUCCCAAGCCUGCGCUAGACCAGAGCGGCCAGUGGCAGGAGACGAGCGGAGAGAUCCAGUGGAUCGCCAACGACGACCACACCGACAAACAGGACGAAGACAAGAAGAAGGAGGAGGAGGAGGAAGAGGAGCUCGACCUCAACAAAGCUCUGCAGCACGCAGGGAAGCACAUGGAGGACUGCAUCGUGGCCUCCUACACAGCUCUGCUGCUGGGCUGCCUCUGUCAGGGAAGCUCUGCGAAUGUGACUACUGUGAGGGAGAACCUACCUAAAGGAGAUUUUUCCAUCUUGACAGAAAUGCUGAAAAAAUUCCUCAACUUCAUGAACCUCACUUGUGACGUCGGCACCACAGGACAGAAGUCCAUCUCCAGGAUCAUUGACUAUCUGGAGCACUGCUAGUCAUACAACACACAUACACAACCAACAUCUUCAUCAUCAUCACCUCCGCAGUUCGCUGCUGGACACACUCCUCCUCAUCACCACCACCACACGAUCUCCAUAGCCAUGGCUCAGCGACGGAGACUCUUAAACGGCCCUUGAAUUUAACUUUCUGGUGAACUUCAGGAGGCUCAGUGGCUUCAGACUCUAACGCAGCCCAACUCAGUAUUCAGUGUCAUUUCACCCUCCUUUUAUUUAUAUUGCAUUGUUUCUUUUAAAUUCAGUGUGGCUCCUCUUUCCAUCGAUUGAUUGCAGAUUAAACUGAAGCUGCCAUUUUCUCCAGGCUCCAUCAAGGCCUCACACCACUCAGCUCGGCCUCUAAAGCUGAUAAUUGGCAAAAUGAGUGGUCACGUCGUGUCUCUCAAGUGGUUCUUCUAUUCUUGUUUGCUCCUUCUCUUUGUGCCGUUUUGACCUGUGGACUCAGUUGGAAGUAGAUGCUUUGAGGCAGACGAAUCAAAAAGUAUGGAUCUGUUCUGGACAGAGUUCACGCGGCGCUGACUGGCCGUCUGGUGCAGAGCUGCGGUGGCUGCGCCUGCAGGUGUCUGCGUGGGCUCUGUUUCCUCUAGUUCACAGCGUUUCUCUCCUCGAGUUCACCAGAAGCGUCUCUCUUCCUGCCGAGCUCGCUCCAGUCGGUCUGCGCCAGAAUAACACACCCAGGACCCUCUGGAAACUUUGAUGCCCCCCUUAAAAUCAUCAAAGUUGUGAAGUGGUCCGAACCAGAACCUGACGACCUUCAGGUCUUUUUCAAUUACUGCCUGUGUGCACUUGAAGGUAAAGGUGGGGUCUUCAAUCACAGUACAAACGCACACACGAGUUGAGGAGCUGCUUCAUUCCUUGGUGCUGAACCCUUUACGGAGCAAGUCCAUACUUUUUUUUUUCCAUUUAAACUGAAACCGUUAAAGUACAAGGUCACAAACUUCUUAGCAAGAUGUUAGUUCUUUGCUCUUUUCCUGGUUUCCCACAAUGCAUUGCAGCAACCUCAGUGAGAGAGUGGAGGUGCUGGAUGCUGUAAAGCGUAACGUUCCUGAUGGGAUGCAUUUGGUUUGAAGGGCCCUCUGUUCGAGGCGGAGGUGAAGAAAUGAGCCAUUUAGUUUGUUUUCGCUCAGAUACGAGCAGACGCUCCACUUGCUUUUGUGUUUUGGAGAAUUGGAAUGGGUCUGUGUGUUAUUUUUUUUGUUCCUCUGAAUUUCAUCAGCUGUUAAAGUUAAAAAUGCAAAUCAUCGAACAUGUUCAUGCUGUUAUUUUGUACUUGUCUCUCUCACAGUUGGACAGUCACACUCCUUUAAGAAAAAGUUUACAAGAGCUUUAUUCACAGACGUCUGGAAGAGCUUUUUGUACAGUCCCUGUACAUAGAAUGAUUUCCUCCCAUCAGAGGGAGGCUGAUGGGAGGGGGGGAGGUUCUGGGUGAGAUGGGGGAGGAGGGAGGGCCGGUAGACUCUACUUUUUCGGAACCUGGCUCUGUUUUUCUUUUUCUGAAGCCUUUUCCCGUGUUAUUUUGGACAGAGCUUCUUAACAAGCUACAAACUGCAGGAAUACUUGAUCUUUGUACCAAUUUGCAGACUGAUGUCUUUGGUUACCUGUAAAUAGUUUUAAAAUAAUAAAAGUUGCUACUUUCAGUA